CAGCCAGGCUGCCGCUGGGAGGAUGGUGUCACUGUGUCAGAAUCCAGCAAUGAAGGGUCUCUUUGUCUUGUUGGUGGGGCUCCCAUGGGUUACAGCUCAGUAUCAAGUCUGCCCCUAUGUGGAUCCCAGUUCCUCACAAAUUGCUGUAAUAAGCGACCGUUUUUCUCUGAUUCUGUAUUUACAUGAACUAAAACCUCUAGACAAUCUGGUGAAUAACUUGGCGACUCUGAGUAACGACGUCCACGUCUUCAUCACCAUAUUCCUGGAAUCGGAACUUAAAAAAAAGAGGGACCAGUUCAAUGUUAAUUAUACUUUAACAAAGAAGUUUGUGCCGGAAGCAGCAAGAACUGAUUUAUGGCAUUUCUUUCACAAAUCUCAAAACAAAACAUCUAAAAUCUUAAUAGUUAUGAGCGAGCUUUUUGUCACUCAUUCAAUGGAAGAAUCCUUAGAACAGCUGAAGAAAGCUGGAGUGGAAAUCUUUAUUCUGCAUUAUGGAAGAGUAAACUAUGAUCUACAUCGAAUAGCUUCCUCCCCUAAAGAACAGCACAUAUACAGAAGUCUGAAAUUUGAGGAACUGGACACAAUACAAGCCGAAUUAGCUCAAUCCGUGUGUGUCAGCAUCCAAAACCAUGACCUGAUUACAAAGAGAGAGUUUUUCUCCCAGUUUAGGUUGGUGGAUGGCGGAGGGACCUGCAAGGGAAGAAUCGAGGUGUUUUACAAAGAUACGUGGGGCUGGCUGAGUGACGAAUUGUGGGACAGGACGAGUGCCUCAGUCCUCUGCAGACAACUGAACUGUGGACCUGUCUUGGAAAUCCUGAAAGGUGAUCCAUUUGGCCCUGGCUCUGGCCCAUUUCUGCAGAAAGCGGUCUGUACAGGGACUGAGGAUGACCUUGCUCAUUGUUUGCUGGGCAUGUGGACUGAAGAGGAUUCAAAAAGCAAUCAUCAAAGUGCAGGAGUGAGCUGCUUGACUGCAGGGAUUGAGAAUGUCAGGUUGGUUGACGGCUCGGGACAAUGUGAUGGGAUAGUGGAGUUUUCUGUAACUAACCAGCCUGGAAGACUUUGUGCGUGGGACUUUGACGUGGCAGAAGCCUCAGUGAUCUGCCGACAUUUGGGGUGUGGGCCCCUGAAGCAAGCUCAGCACACGCAGGAGGAAGUAGACUCCAGUGUCCAGAUGGUGGAGAGGAUGAUGUGCUCUGGUGUCGAGUCCAAGGUCUCAGAGUGUAAUGUCAAGAUGCAGAGACCAGAGACCUGUUAUCUGAAUGUCCAUGCAGGAGUGGUGUGUUCCACAAAGGGUCUCUCCAAGGUGACACUGGUUGGUGGCCACAGCACAUGUUCUGGUAAAGUGAUGGUUCAACACAAUGGCACGUCUAGCGCAGUCUGUGCUGAUGACUGGAGCAUGCUGAAUGAUGUUGUUGUAUGCCGGGAUGUCGGAUGUGGUCCGGCUAUAGAAAGCAUUGAGCACAGGAGAGUCAUAAAGCAGCCCAAAGUUAACAUCCAGAGAUUGUAUUGCAGUGGAAAUGAGCAAAAUCUGUCACAAUGUGCGGCUGUUUUAUCCAAUGACUAUAAGUGUUACACCGAUGCAGCCAAUGUCCUAUGCUCGCAGUCAGUAAUAUCCAAUGUGAGGUUGGUGAAUGGGUCUAGCUCAUGCUCUGGAAGAGUGGAAGUUUAUUUCAAAGAAAUGUGGGGUACAGUCUGCGACCAACAUUGGGACCUCCAUGAUGCCAGUGUGGUAUGCAAGCAGGUUGGUUGUGGAACUGUUCUGGAGGCACCUGGAGGAGCAUAUUUUGGAGCAGGAUCUGGACCUGUUUGGUUAGACAAGGUCUUUUGCAAUGGUUCUGAGUCUGUCUUGUCACAGUGCGGACUUCUGACAACUAGAAGGACUCAGUGUGCCCAUACGCGGGAUGCCGGUGUUAAAUGUACAGGAAAAAAAGAGCUUCAACCCUGACAUUGCAAAGAAAUCAAUCUGACCAAUGGAAAGACCUCUAAUUGGGUGACGGCUGGGCUAUCAUUUAUUUGUGUCCUUUUUAUCAGAUUGAGAUCACAUCUUUGGUUACUGCGCAUAACAUUUUCAUAAAAUCUAAGUGAAACUUAAUUUCCUGCACAGAGUGAGGGUCAAUAUAUAACUGAAUGAGCACAGUCUGGUCUUCUUCAUUAUUAAAUGUGAUUUGCCUUUA